AUGUUGCGGGACGCCCUCAUAGGAACAGGAUACGAUGCUGAACUCUUCGAUCGCCAGUUCCAACAUGCCGCAGAACUAACCAAAUUGAAACCCAAGAAUCGAUUGCAGCUGGAAAACCAACACCGGAGAGCCAAGAUUAUGGAGUCAAGGAAGAAAGUGUCUAAAACCAUGUCAACGGGGGCUGCAGGGAAAAAGAAUAUUGAAAUGGCAUACAAAGAGAAUGAACAGCCUGCCAAAAAGAAGAGAAAAACCACAGAUGCUUCCAGUCAGAUAAAUCCCAAACAGAAGAAGGUGAAGGUGUCCACUGUCAAUACUGCUCAAUGGAAACCAUUACCCCAGAGUACGAAAGACUACAUCACUGCAGCAGUCGACAUUGCUAUAUACAAUGCUUUGCCACAGAAGGGUUCCAAGAUGGAGGCCAGUCAGGAACAUCUGAGCCAGUUAAGACACAGGUUUCUGGAUCGAUGUUCUUCCAUUAAAGUACCUGUGAGCAAGCUGAGAGAUUUAAAAAAUGUCCAGAGGUCUUAUGUAUCCAAGAAAGAACACCUGAGAGAGGAUGAAGCUUCCCUGCAAAUCUUGCAGGAUGAGUUGGAUAAGAUCAUCGCGACACUGGAACGGAACAGUGAAGAAGCGGACAAGCUGCAGAAUGAGAUCAGUAGUCUCAGAGCAUUUCUGGACGAGACUGAAAACAAUGAAUUCCAGAAUGUUGGUGUUGGGGUUCUAAACCUCCCAGAGCUCCCUGAGUCCAGUUUCCAGCAGACCACUCUUCAGGAGAAGCUGAUGGCCAUCGGAAAUCAUGACGCACUCCUUCAGGACCUUCAAACCAUUCAACGUUGCCCUGCCAUGCAAAACCUGUUGACCUUCCUUGAACGUGCCCACGCAGAAGCUGACACCAUCUCUCCUAUUGACCACUGAAUUAAUUUUGCUGUUAAUUUUGUUACGCGUCUCUGCUGUUAACUAAAUGGUUCCUUACAUUGGGGUUAUAUGUUUCCAGAAGCAGAUCUAUAAUAAACUUAGUUUUAACCA